AUGUCAUCGGAGCUUGAAUUAUUGAAACAGCGAGUUACUAAACUUGAAGCUGAAAACACUAAAUUAAAACAGAUUAUAGAAGAAAUUGCUAAUCUUAGGAUCGAAAAUACCAAACUAAAACAAAUUAUAAAGCAAAAUCGAACUAUUAAUAAUGUUUCACAGUCUUCAGUUUCUCCGGUCUUGUCAGUAACUUUACAAACACCUAUUCCAUCAUCUAUUAUUGCUCACUCUAACGCGGAUAAUAACAUCGAUUCUGUAAAUCUCGAGCAGAUACAAAGUGCUAUUUAUCCUGCUAACAAUAAUCUUAACCAUCCCAGCGCUGCUAAAAAUAUACUAGACAAUACAUCUAACCACUCUGCGACUGCUUCUGACAAUUCUGAUGUAUACCAGGAGUCGGAUAUUCAAUACACUGAACCACUUAUUCGAAAUCACCAGAAGAUAAGGAAAUUGAUGAUUUUCAGGAUCGGGUACAUAAUAAUAAGAACAGACUAG